GAGCAAGUUACUUACGUACCUGAACAGAUUCCGAUCAUCGUGCCAGAAGAGCCCCGUUUCUACACAGCUGACAGGCAUUGUGUGUGUUGGGAACGAAGUGUGCAAGUGAAAGUGUUGGCUGGCAAGAACAUUUCCUGUAAAACGUCUAUCCUUCAGUGAUAAAACUGGUGGUCUGUAAUCUUCUCGUCCAGAAUGUAACUCGGAAAGUUCUCUUUGUGGUGAGAAUGAAUCAAAACAAGCGCCAGUGGUACGAAGUUGUUUAGCUGUCUUGUGCAAGAAAAGGUAAGGAAGAACUGGUACUGUGAAUGGUCCACAACACCGAAAAGUUCAGUGGUGAUCUAACUAUUUCAUCAUGAUGACCUGGCGAAAAGAAACAUUGUGACUGAAACUGCCACUUUCUAAGGAAAGAAGCGAAAUAUAUCUGGUAGUUUACCGGUUACUGAGUGUUGACUUACAUGCCAGAACGAACUGGUUAAUAUGCCUGCAACUCUGGUUGGUCUUAGCCCCUCCAUCAGACGUACAGAGUCGACUCGCUCGGACCACUCUGACGUCAGCAGUGAUUCACGAGCUUCAGGCAAUAAAAAGGUCAGUUUUAACAAAGCUGUUAGGAUAAAGAAGUAUCCUCGUCGGCCGAACGAAUAUGUUAACGGAAGUGACGUCGAUAAUGACUCUUUCCCCAGUAUGAGCCCCGAGAAAAAGUUUUGGUUUAAAAUCUAUAAAAACCGACGCCAUGGUGAUUCCAAGCUAGAGUUAAGAAAAGAGUACGAUUAUUACUCAGAAAACAGAAACAUUCAGCGACAGGAAACUGGGAAAAACAAACUGCCACCUAUCGUGGAAAUGACAAAUACGUCGAAUCAUCAGAGACGUUUUCCUGUCAGAACUACAUCCAGUUAUGAGGUAGAGACAAAUGAGAAUGAAAAGCGAGCAGAGGACACGCAAAUUAAACAAAACCACGUUAAGAGCAUUGUGAAUAUAUUCAAUAAGGAAGCAACGGUGCAGCGAGGGAAAAAAGGUGAUCCAGCAACGGAACUUCGUUGUAACACAAUGUACAAAAUCCAACCUUCCGAUCCGCCAAUUGACUAUAGUGGUGCCAUAGCAAAAGAAAACAGAGUAAAAUCACCUACAAAAAACAGGAUUGAAAAAGGUGUCAAAGUUAUGUUUAGCAAAAGCCCACAAGAAAAGGAAAAAGGCCAAAUGUACACUAAAAAUCUUGGUAGUGGUGACGUCACAAACCGGAAGGAACAUAGUGAAAAUAGAAACAGUAAACUAGACUAUGGUCGCCGUCGAAGCUCGCCUCGCGCCAAUAGGUCAACGGAAGAAUUAGGAAGUUACCAAAGAAUUCAAAGUGUUGAUGAUGAUAUUGGUAAUGAAGACUAUGAAUUGGUAGUCAAACGGUCUGAACAAAACAAAGAAGCAUGGGAUGGUGGCGAUAGAUUGAUCUCUGAUGUUUCUGAAUGCAUAACAUCUAACACCCAGUAUCCAGAUAGCCAACAUUUCGAGAAGACCUUGGAAAGAAGACAACAAACUUGGCAUAACGAUAAGGCCACCCGAGUUUAUGAGGAUACGUCUCCAAAACCUGGAAGACGUCGGGUUAAAUCUUAUGAUGAUCUUCUGAAAAAUGACAACAGGGAGUGGAGAACAUUUUACAAAGAAGGACUUCUUCGAAAUUCACCUGAACGAAUAAUACCGGAAAACAGGGCUGAAACGUUUACCAAAGAAAUUGGUAUUCAAUGUAACACAGAGUCUCUAAGAAAGUCAUUUUCACACAGAGCAGGAAAAAACUCUAGAAUAAUUCGUCCAUCUGGGGGUUAUGUGUUUGCAUUUAGCAACGUGCCUAUAGUAGAGGAAAAACAAAGAGUAUCGUGUGAAAAUCAGCUAUCCAACAACGCCAUCUAUAGUCAGGUAGACAAAACUAAAAAAAGUAAGCAUAAAACGAGGACUGAUGUCCCAACUGGCAACGAAGUGCUGUCACAGAAGGGGUCUUUACGACAGGUUAAAAGCAAGAAUCGGUCGUUUGGAUUCAAACUCAACACUGGAUUUCAUGUGGAAGAAGAUGAAAAAAAAACUGGAAAUGACGAAACUGGUUCCAACGGGAAGGAAUGGUAUGAUGAAAACGCUGAUAUUCACCUCAAAAAUCAAUGGAUCCAUCAAGAUGCUUCCAGCGAGAUGAACAGUUUCUCUCGUAAAAACGGUAUCAUGCCUUCAUCUCUCAUCAGGGAGGUCGAUUCAAAAAACAGAGAAAUAAACUAUGAAAAUGUUCCACACGGUGAAAAAAAUUGGUUACGAGAAGGUGCUGGUGUUAGUGAUCUCUGGUUUCAAGAAGCCAGUGAGGACUACCGUCAGGAAAUGUUUUCUCUACCAUCUAGUCUCAGAGAUAAGGAAACUUCCAAUGUAAGACAAUACUCAGGUGACCAGAAAUACCAGACAGAUACGCAUCGCCAAAACGACUGUGUAUGGAUGAAGGUGAGAGGCAUGAGUGAUGGAGAUAACAACACCAUGCGGAGAGAAAAAUCAAACUCUAUGUCUUUGUUAGGACUUAGUGAAAACAACAAACCAUCAUCUGUGCAGAGUGAGCCAUCUUAUGUCCGUGGAGGUCUUGCUGCGGCUUAUAAUGCACGUCAAAGAGCGGCACUUGGAAAGCGUACAAGUCCAGUGAAUCGUCACCAUGGCAUCUUAACUAGUUCUUCCGCAGCAUCAGUCAUAUCCAGCUCUGAUAGUGAUUCGGCAAGAUACCAUGCGUACUCUUCUGUAACUGACCAAAUAGACAAUGAAGUUCCCGGAUCUAGGACACAUGUUAAGAACGAAUCCAACUCACCAAAUGAUAAACAUUCAACAAAAAUUUACCACGAGGACAGCCCCCGACAUCAACACAGAAAGAAUCGGCUAGAAAACAGCCAGCAGCAAAACCGAAACGAAAACACUUCUCAUCACAAGACCAUUUACUACGAGAACAGCCCUCAUUAUCCAUACAGAACAAGUCGUAAUGAAGGUAGUCCACGUGCACAGCGAAACUCAGCCCACCACGAGGAAAAUCGACCAGUCCAUCGCAAUAUGCGAGUCAUAGCAAACGAUGAAUCGGGAGCUGAAGAAGCUGAAGAUAUAUUAAGUCCAUUAAAACCUGCCCGCAAACAAAAUGAACCGAUUUCUGAUGAUGAAUGGAAUCACAACGAUCUCCAACGACGACAUUCAAUGCCAAAAAAUGCGAAGUUAAAGUGGUUUAAGUGGAAAGUGAAAGGAAAACCAACACGCGAACAGUAAACCAAUGUGUUUUGACUGCAUCGAUCAGUACAUUUGUAAACAUUAUUUUAUGUCUUUGGAUUUAUCAAAAGUUAUAACUAUGACAACCUUUACCAUCGGUUUGAUACCGCUCCAUAGUAAAAGGUACUCUUGUAUAGUGAUAUUGUAUACAAUUUGUUGGUACAAUUAACACGCGAUAUUGUUUGUUAAGUGAUAUUCAACAUACAUUUACUGUAAGUAUAUAA